GUGCAGUUUGCCAUCUGACCAUGGCUUUCCCCGCCCAAACAGGAUACUCAGAAGGUACAGAUCUUCUAAAGUGUAUUUUGAUGGACUAUUAUUAAAUGGAAUUGCAUUAAAAUAUUUAUUUUGAGAUCAGGUUAUUAUUUUAAAGGGAUACUUUGGGAUUUGGCCUUUAUGUACUUCCCCAGAGUCAGAUUAACUUGUGGAUACCAUUUUUAUGUCUAUGCGUGCAGUUUGAAAUAAGUUGCUAACUAGCAUUAGCCUGAUUGCUAACUAGCAUUAGCGCAAUGACUGGAGGUCUACAGGAACAGCUAGUAUGCUAGCUGUUCAUAUAGACUUCCAGCCAUAGCUGUUCCUGUAGACUUCCAGUCAUUGUGCUAACGCUAGUUAGCUUUGGCUUGCGAAAUUACCUAAAACUUCCUUCAUACUGGACGCAGAGGCAUAAAAAUGGUAUCCACAAUUUCAUCUGACUCUGGGGAAGUAGAUACAGGCCUAACAACCUAAAGCAUCCCUUUAACCUUAGCAGCCCAGUGGUCCUCAUGAACUAGAAUUGAAAGCCUCAGUUGCUGCAUAGUAGUUGCUGUUAUGCUUCAGUUUGGAGAAACACUACCAGUCAAAAGUUUUAGAACACCUACUCAUUCAAAAUAUAUAUUUUUUUAAACUAUUUUCUACAUUGUAGAAUAAUAGUGAAGACAUCAAAACUAUGAAAUAACACAUAUGGAAUCAUGCAGUAACAAAAAAGGGGUUAAACAAAUCAAAAUAUAUUUUAUAUUUGAGAUUCUUCAAAUAGCCACCCUUUGCCUUGAUGACAGCUUUGCACACUCUUGGCAUUCUCUCAACCAGCUUCACCUGGAAUGCUUUUCCAACAGUCUUGAAGGAGUUCCCACAUAUGCUGAGCACUUGUUGGCUGCUUUUCCUUCACUCUGCCAUCCGACUCAUCCCAAACUAUCUCAAUUUGGUUGAGAUCGGGGGAUUGUGGAGGCCAGGUCAUCUGAUGCAGCACUCCAUCACUCUCCUUCUUGGUAAAAUAGCCCUUACAUAGCCUGGAGGUGUGUUUUGGGUCAUUGCCCUAUUGAAAAAGAAAUGAUAGUCCCAUUAAGUGCAAACCAGAUGGGAUGGCGUAUUGCUGCAGAAUGCUGUGGUAGCCAUGCUGGUUAAGUGUGCCUUGAAUUCUAAAUAAAUCACAGACAGUGUCACCAGCAAUGCACCCCCACAUCAUCACACCUCCUCCUCCAUGCUUUACGGUGGGAAAUCAUCCUUUCAACCACACCGUGUCUUACAAAAAUCUCAAAUUUGGACUCUCCAAUUUGGACACAUUUCCACCGGUCUAAUGUCCAUUGCUUGUGUUUCAUGGCCCAAGCAAGUCUCUUCUUCUUAUUGGGGUCCUUUAGUAGUGGUUUCUUUGCAGCAAUUCGAACAUGAAGGCCUGAUUCACACAGUCUCCUGUGAACAGUUGAUGUUGAGAUGUGUCUGUUACUUCAACUCUGUGAAGCAUUUAUUUGGGCUGCAAUUUCUGAGGCUGGUAACUCUAAUGAAUGUAUCCUCUGAAGCAGAGGUAACUCUGGGUCUUCCAUUCCUGUGGCGGUCCUCAUGAGAGCCAGUUUCAUCAUAGCGCUUGAUGGUUUUUGAGACUGCACUUGAAGAAACGUUCAAAGUUCUUGAAAUUUUUCGUAUUGACUGACCUUCAUGUCUUAAAGUAAUGAUGGACUGUCAUAUCUCUUUGCUUAUUUGAGAUGUUCUUGCCAUAAUAUGGACUUGGUCUUUUACCCAAUAGGGCUGUCUUCUGUAUACCCCCCCUACCUUGUCACAACACAACUGAUUGGCUCAAAUGCAUUAAGAAGGAAAUAAAUUCCACAAAUUAACUUUUAAGAAGGCACACUUGUUAAUUCAAAUGCAUUCCAGGUGACUAUCUCAUGAAGCUGGUUGAGAGAAUGCCAAGAGUGUGCAAAGCUGUCAUUACGGCAAAGGGUGGCUACUUGAAGAAUCUCAAAUAUAAAAUAUAUUUUGAUUUGUUUAACACCUUUUUGGUUACUACAUGAUUCAAUAUGUGUUAUUUCAUAGUUUUGAUGUCUUCACUAUUAUUCUACAAUGUAAAAAAUAGUUUACAAAAAGAAAAACCAUUGAAUGAGUAGGUGUUCUACAACUUAGUAGAACUUAGGUAGUGUAGUUAAGAUAAACAUGGAUUAUGUAUAAUAUAUAUUUCUAUAUAUUCAACAUGUACCUGAUUAAAGCAUUUAGUUUUCCGCCAUUCCGUGAUCAUGGAAUUUUUUUGCCAAAAAUUGUACUCAUCCGUGGAAUUUAACCAUUGCUGCAAAAUCUUGAAGAUUGUCCCCAAAAUGCAUUAUUCACCACCACCACUAGAGGUCAAUAGCCGGCCACUUACUCAGUCAGCAUUGUUUACUGACUGUAUCUCUACUACCUGACCUAGACGACAACCGACAACUCCAGGUAACCAUCUCCAAGACAACCCCCAUCUCCGCUGCACACCUGGGAGGCUCCAUCACAAUCCCCUGUCUGGUGUCCCUGUCCCCUGGGCCCCCCUCAUCCUCCACGCCCACAAUCCCACCCCGGGUCAAGUGGAGCGUGUUGCAUGAGGGGGAGCAGGAGGAGACAGAGAUCCUGGUGGCGCGGGGUCAAAGGGUGAAGGUCAACGAGGCCUACAGAGAACGAGCUUCCCUGGUCAACUUUGCAGACUCGCCCGAGGACCUCUCCCUGUGGUUGGGGGAGCUGCGCUCAAGCGACACGGGGCACUACCGCUGCGAGGUGCAGCAGGGCCUGGACGAUGCCAGUGACUUCACACAGAUCAAGGUCAAAGGUAACAGAGGGAGAGGGAUUUUUAAGGUUGUAGGAGUCAUUGUGAAUUUUUGUGAGUUUUUUUUUUCAAACAGCUUAAUAUUGUUUCUUCCAGUUUUUACCACAUAUUGUGUGUUUGAGCCUGUCAAUAUUUCUCUGUGCGUCUAUGUUUGUGUUUGUGCACAUGCGUGUGCAUGUAGGUGUGGUCUUCCACUACAGACACGCCUCUGGCCGCUAUGCGUUUUCGUUCAGUGAGGCCCAGAGGGCGUGCGAGGGCAUUGGGGCACACAUCGCUACUCCCGACCAGCUUUUGGCAGCCUAUUACGAUGGCUAUGAGCAGUGUGACGCCGGCUGGCUCGCUGACCAAUCUGUCAGGUAAACCCCAGUAUCCACAACAUGAUCUAUAAUACAAAGACACAUUUCUUAAAGGUGCUAGACAUUGUUUUGACUACCUGAGUUAUUAACGGGAAAGUGCUGAGGUGCCAAGGUUAUAGAGUGAUGACCGACAGCAGUGAGCUAAUUCACACAUCUAAUAGGCUACUGGGGUUUUGAAUUUGGCCCACUGUGUGGUAUGUAAUACUACAGUGCCUUGCAAAAGUAUUCAUCCCCCUUGCCGUUUUUCCUAUUUUGUUGCAUUACAACCUGUAAUUUAAAUGGAUUUUUAUUUGGAUUUAAUGUAAUGGACAUUCAUAAAACAGUCCAAAUUGCUGAAGUGAAAUGUAAAAAAAUAACUUGUUUCAAAAAAUUAUAAAAAAUAAAUAACGGAAAAGUGGUGCGUGCAUAUGUAUUCACCACCUUUGCUAUGAAGCCCCUAAAUAAGAUUUGGUGCAACCAAUUACCUUCAGAAGUCACAUAAUUAGUUAAAUUGAGUCCACCUGUGUGCAAUCUAAGUGUCACAUGAUAUGUCACAUGAUCUCAGUAUAUAUACACCUGUUCUGAAAGGCCCCAGAGUCUGCAACACCACUAAGCAAGGGGCACCACCAAGCAAGUUGGACCAUGAAGACCAAGGAGCUCUCCAAACAGGUCAGGGACAAAAAUGUGGAGAAAUACAGAUCAGGUUUGGGUUAUAAAAAAUAUCAGAAACUUUGAACAUCCCAUGGAGCACCAUUGAAUCCAUUAUUAACAAAUAGAAAGAAUAUGGCACCACAACAAACCUGCCAAGAGAGGGCCGCCCACCAAAACUCACAGACCAGGCAAGGAGGGCAUUAAUCAGAGAGGCAACAAAGAGAUCAAAGAUAACCCUGAAGGAGCUGCAAAGCUCCACAGCGGAGUUUGGAGUAUCUGUCCAUAGGGCCACUUUAAGCCGUACACUCCACAGAGCUGGGCUUUACGGAAGAGUGGCCAGAAAAGAGCCAUUGCUUAAAGAACAAAAUAACGCCAAAAGGCAUGUGGGAGACUCCCCAAACAUAUGGAAGAAGGUACUCUGGUAAGAUGAGACUAAAAUUGAGCUUUUUGGCCAUCAAGGAAAACGCUAUGUCUGGCGCAAACCCAACACCUCUCAUCACCCCGAGAACACCAUCCCCACAGUGAAGCAUGGUGGUGGCAGCAUCAUGCUGUGGGGAUGUUUGUCAUCGGCAGGGACUGGGAAACUGGUCAGAAUUGAAGGAAUGAUGGAUGGCGCUAAAUACAGGGAAAUUCUUGAGGGAAACCUGUUUCUGUCUUCCAGUGAUUUGAGACUGGGACGGAGGUUCACCUUCCAGCAGGACAAUGACCCUAAGCAUACUGCUAAAGCAACACUUGAGUGGUUUAAGGGGAAACAUUUAAAUGUCUUGGAAUGGCCUAGUCAAAGCCCAGACCUCAAUCCAAUUGAGAAUCUGUGGUAUGACUUAAAGAUUGCUGUACACCAGUGGAACCCAUCCAACUUGAAGGAGCUGGAGCAGUUUUGCCUUGAAGAAUGGGCGGAAAUCCCAGUGGCUAGAUGUGCCACGCUUAUAGAGACAUACCCCAAGAGACUUUCAGCUGGAAUUGCUGCAAAAGGUGGCUCUACAAAGUAUUGACUUUCGGGGGGUGAAUAGUUAUGCACGCUCAAGUUUUCUGUUUUUUUGUCUUAUUUCUUGUUUGUUUCACCAAAAAAUAUAUUUUGCAUCUUCAAAGUGGUAGGCAUGUUGUGUAAAUCAUUUUAAAAAAAACAUUUUAGUCAUUUAGCAGACACUCUUAUCCAGAGCGACUUACAGUUAGUGAGUGUAUACAUUUUUCAUACAAAUGAUGCAAACCCCCAAAAAAUCCAUUUAAAUUCCAGGUUGUAAGGCAACAAAAUAGGAAAAAUGCCAAGGGGGGUGAAUACUUAAGCAAGCCACUGUAUUUCAUGCACCAGCUGUUGCCCUUUUCUGGCAGAAUGUGUGUUGACCUGAUGGCAGCUGAAUCAGUCUCCUCGUACUCACUCUAGUCCUGGUGUUAAAUAUGCUAGAUUUCCUCAUGUGUAUUGUCAUGGCUUACAUGUGUAAGAUAGGGACUGCAUUUGGUCCAUGUUCCCAACACACACACACAAUUCCUGCUAACAGAUUAGACAACAAUGACUGAGGCCCCUCACCUAUCAGUUAGUUUUUACAAUGUUUUCUAUUCACAGGAAAUACAAAUAUUUUCAGUUCUUGCACCUAUUCCGCAGAUAUCCAAUCCAAGUUCCCCGGGAAGGUUGCUAUGGUGACAUGGAUGGCCGCCCGGGAGUGAGGAACUAUGGGACGCUGGAAUCAGAGGAGCUGUUUGAUGUGUAUUGUUAUGUGGAGCAUAUUGAUGGUAAAAAACAACAACUUGUGAAUAGCUUAUCGUAAAAAGCAGUGUGAAUAGUGACAGUGUGAAUAGCUCCCUGUAAAAAAGGAUGUACAUGUGAUUCUACAGAGCAAUAACGUUUGUUUGUAAGUUUGUGACAUUGCAUCAAAAAUCAUAAUGGACAAAAUAUUAAGGACACCUGCUCCUUCCAUGAAAUAGACUGACCAUGAAUAUAGGUGAAAGCUAUGAUCCCUUAUUGAUAUCACUUGUUAAAUCCACUUCAAUCAGUGUAGAUGAAGGGAAGGAGGCAGGUUAAAGAAGGAUUUUUAAGCCUUGAGACAAUUGAGAUAUGGAUUGUGUAUGUGUGCCAUUCAGAGGGUGAAUGGGCAAGACAAAAGAUUUAAGUGCCUUUGAAGGGGUAUGUUAGUAGGUGCCAGGCGCACCAUUUUGAGUGUGUCAAGAACUCAAACUGCUGCUGUUUUUUUUCCACGCUCAACAGUUUCCCCUGUGCAUCAAGAAUGGUCCACCACCCAAAGGACAUCCAGCUAACUUGACACAACUGUGGGAAUCAUUGGAGUCAACAUGGGCCAGCAUCCCUGUGGAACGCUUUCAACACCUUGUAGAGUCCAUGCCCUGACGAAUUGAGUCUGUUCUGAGGGCAAAAGGGGGGUGCAACUCAAUAUUAGGAAAGUGUUCUUAAUGUUUUGUUUACUCAGUGUAGUCUAUGUAAUUUUGCCAAUUCAGAUGCUUUUUUAUUAUAUGUUAUGAUAAGUUGCGUCAAUUCAAAUCUGGUAUUGGAACAAAAAGAGGUCAAUACACGUCUUCUAAAAUAGACUAGUAUUUUAAUUAAUGCAAAACACUUCAAUGGUAAAUAUGAUGUUCGUAUAUACGGGUCCACUGAAAAACCACACAGGGCAGUCAGAGAACUGGUCCAUUGUUAUGAGUUCUUCUUUAAAUACUCUGACAGAGAUAGUUCCCGCUCCCUGCUGGCCUAUCAGAGUAGAGACUGAGCGUGGUUUAGACUUACUCAGCCUAUUGUUGGCGCACAGGCUGGUCCCAGGCCCUUGGCGCUUCACUGUUGCCAGGCAUUAAUUGUUAUCUCCACAACUUGUCCCGAGUCAGCACCCAUAGACACUGUUUCCCUGUACUUUCCCACCCUAACUAUACUCUUUGUACCUACGUCCUUGGACGGUUCAACAAAGAGGCAGUGUGUGUGUAUGUGAGAAUCACAAGUCUGUCUCACCCUACUCCCUAACAUUCCUCACAUUAAUCACAGCUUGUUAGGUUAAACAAUCUAUAUCAGUACAGCACAAACAUUUUAUGUUUAAUCAUUAAUGCUUUCUUAUUAAGCUAACAGCACAUCUAAAAUAUAAGAUAAUAAUUUCCCACAGUUAUCAUGUGUUCUGAAGGCACUCUAUCAAAUUACUGUGUUAGGUCUCCUUAAAGGGAUAGUUCACCCAAAUUACAAAAUGACAUAUUGGUUUCCUUACCCUGCAAACAGUCUAUGAACAAGGUAUGACAGCAAUCCAUGCUUUGAUUUAGAUUCCCUGGUACUGUUUCCACAUGCUAACGUUUUAGCAUUUAGCCUUUGUGGCACCAUUCAAGCAUUGGGACCGAUAUUAGCAUUUUUCACGCAUAAUGUUCAAAUUAUCUAUAAAUGACUUUGUGAGCUUCACAAUUUUAGAUACUUUCGGAUUAUUUGGACAUGAUGUGCAAAAAAUGCUAAUAUCGGUCCCAUUUCUUGAAUGGGAUUUGUGCCACAAAUGCUAAAACGUUAGCAUGUGGUAACAGUGCCAAGGAAACUAAACUAAAGCAUGGAUUGCUGUCAUACCUUGACCAUAGACUACUUACAGGGCAAGGAAACCAAUAUAUCAUUUUGUAAUUUGGGUGAACUAUCCCUUUAAGUUACAGGCGUGGACGGUUUUUAGCUAGUGGGCAGAGUACACAAUUUAGAUCAGUCAGAUCAUUAGUAUUUAAACAGCAUACACUUUAGACAUUGACAGUACUUUCCCUCCAAGGACAGGUACAAUACAUUUUUAACAUUCAAAGUCAAUUUCCCAACCAAGGUCUCAUUCGCUCAUGUGUUCAGCCUUUUGUAUUCUUCCAGAUACUGCAGGGAAAUGAAGGAUCUAGGACAAGCGUUUGGAAUCUAAUUCCCAUUAGGAGUCUAACACAUGACACUUUUUGUGUAGGGGAGGUAUUCCAUGGCUCUGCCCCUCAGCAGCUGUCAUUGGACGAGGCUCGGGCUUACUGCGAGAAGGAAGGGGCAGAGCUGGCUACCACAGGGCAGCUGUAUAUGGCGUGGAGCAAGGGUUUGGACCGCUGCAACCCUGGCUGGCUGUCUGAUGGCAGUGUGCGCUACCCCAUCAUCAUCCCUAGGGAGCACUGUGGUGGGCCUCGGGCAGGGGUCAAGACCCUGUAUCGCUACAGCAACCAGACAGGCUUCCCUGAAUCAUCCAGCCGUCAUGAUGUUUACUGUUUCAGAGGUCUGAGUCUAGUACUGGACUAAUUAAUUGUAAAAUAGAUAAUAUAGGUUUUAUUAUUGCAAGAGAUUUGUCGGAUUGCAUGCUUCCAUGGAUUCUGUUGUGGUGUUAUGCAGAUAAUGCGUUUGUGUAAUGAAUGGAGAUAAAACUAUCUCCCUGAGUCUCCUGUCUACCCCCUGUUCUUCUCAGGUACUGGGAAUCCUCACACUGAUGCCCCCAUGGACUACAUGGCCACUGAGCCAGAGGACAUCGGACAAGAUAUUGUCAUUCUUAUGGAGCCUGCUGAGGAGCUCCGUCUGAGCCAGGAUCCGGAGCAAGUGGAGCGAGAGGCCCAGAGUGUCCUGGAAUCCCUCCCCGUCUUCCAGUCAGCUCCUGCUCGGGAGGACCUGGAGGGGACUCCCCCUACUGCCCUGUCAAGCACAGAGGUCCCCCUCACCCAUACAGCCUCCACCCAGGACCUCCUCCAGCCCUUUGAUGAAACUUCACUUCCUGUAGAAGAAAACUACCACUCCCAACAUGCUACUUCACUAUCCAGCACCAUCAGUGAGCCAGACUCUCUCCACGAAGGAGACUAUGACUCCCAGAAUUCAACUUCACUACCCAGCACCUCCAGUGAGCCAGAAUCCCUACACGAAAGAGACUAUCAUUCCCAGAAUUCUAGUUCAAUACCCAGCACCUCCAGUGUGCCAGACUCCCUCAACGAAGGAGACUAUCACUCCCAGCAUUCUAGUUCAAAACCCAACACCUCCAGUGAGCCAGACUCCCUCCACGAAGGAGACCAUCACUCCCAGCAUUCUACUUCACUACCCAGCACCUCCAGUGAGCCAGACUCCCUCCACGAAGGAGACUAUCACUCCCAGAAUUCUAGUUCACUACCCAACACCUCCAGUGAGCCAGACUCCCUCCACGAAGGAGACUAUCACUCCCAGAAUUCUAGUUCAAUACCCAACACCUCCAGUGAGCCAGACUCCCUCCACAAAGGAGACUAUCACUCCCAGCAUUCUACUUCACUACCCAGCACCUCCAGUGAGCCAGACUCCCUCCACGAAGGAGACUAUCACUCCGAGAAUUCUAGUUCACUACCCAACACCUCCAGUGAGCCAGACUCCCUCCACGAACGAGACUAUCACUCCCUUCAUUCUACUUCACUACCCAGCACCUCUAGCGUGCUAGACUCCCUCCACGAAGGCAACUCCAGUCUCUACCAGCCCGUGCUGGAAACAACCCCAGAAUUCCCAGAGCCGUCCUACGAGCCACACAGACAUUACCAGCCGAUGCCAGAGAUGAACCCGGAGGAACCUGACUACCAACAGUCAGGAUCUUCCAAGCACUUUCAGCCGAUGCCAGAGACCAACCUUGAGUUGGAUCAAGUGGAAGCCAACUACAGCACAACAGGAGGUAACCAGAGUCAUCGGGAGAAUACAAAAGAGACUACCACAAUGGCCUUUGACCCCAUAGAGAAUGCUACCGAGGCACGUGAACCUACCGCAGAGAGAAGACACAAAGAGGUGAUCGUGGGAGAGCCUGAGGAGACAUCCAUCUUGACCAAGUCCCCGGGAGAGCUUGAUCCCCGCCCAGCCUGGUCUACCCUCUCCCCCCAUGCAAAGGCAACCUCAGUGUGGUCGCCCCUGGAUGGAUCUGGAGAUGUGUCCCAAGGUAUGGCCAAUGUGGCAGCCAAUUCCUCAAGUACUUAGGGCUAUAACUUUAUGAUACAUGGCAUGAUGUUACUCCUAACUCUAUUUACUUUGUCAUUGUAGAGCUGUGUAGAACUUGAUAAUCAUGCAACAAAAAUGUUUAUUGUACCUUCUUUACAGAGAUAGAACUAGGUGUCCAUCAGGGAAUCCACACAGGCAGAUCCACCAGCAUCCCCAGUGAGGAGCAGACAGGGGUUACGCAUUCAAGCAGCAUCUCAUCUGGACUGGAUCAUUCUGAGGAGCUGGGACUGGAUGUAUACUCCACCGUAGGCCAUCCACAAGUAACCUCCCAUGGAACUUCCUCCGCUAGGCCGGAAGGCAGCACCAGUCUAGAUUUUGAGGGUAUCAUCAAUCCAGAGAGAUUGGUACCUUCAGAAGAAGUGGAGCUGGCACCAGUGGAGUCUGAUGAUGAGCACCUGGGGUCUGGAGAGGGCAUAGCCACUAACGAGUCUCCAGACCUCUCCACCAUCUCCCAGCUGCCUGUCGAGUUUACCACUAUGGGCUAUCAAACAACAAUCAUGUCCAGAAUAGAGAUGGAUCCCACAACCACGGGCCCUGAAGAAGACGGAAGUGGACAUGAGCCAGGCACUGAUGAACCAUCCCUGGGAGAAAAAGUUACCGUCUUCCCCCUUGAGUUGCAAACAUCCAGCUGGGAUCUGCACCGCACCACCUCUGCACCCCAAGAGUCUCAGGACGACCUUGAAUACAGCGGGGAACCCCCUUCCACCUCUUCCCAGACAGAGCUUCCAGACUCCUCAGCAGAACCUGAUCUGUUUGGGUCAGACUCCUUGUCCACCUCAAGUACGGAUCCCACCGCUGCCACCAUGUCCACAUCCACCAUGUACACAUCCACAGAGUGGGCCACACAGACCUGGAGCCCCACCACCUCCACCACACAAGGUCCCCCAGAAACAUCUAAGAGGGUGAUGGCUCUAAUGCCCCCCGUGGAUCAGGGCCGGUUGGAUCUGGAAUUCGGCCUCACCCAGCCACCCACCCUGCUCAUCUUGCCCAAUGAGAGGGUUGCCGUGGGCAGUGCCAGGAAGAUUUCAGGUAACACUCGAGCCACCCUAACCAGCCUAACCGCCCUCCUCUUGCUGCUCAGCACGGUGAUGCACUAAACCCCGGUCACUCCCACCCCAAGCUGCCUUGCUCUAUUUUCUGCAAACCACCACCCUCCCAACGGCUCCUCUUCUUCUGUCUCACUGUUUGUCUCAGCAGCCCACUCACCCUCCUUCCCCUCCCUCCCCCAUAAAGAGCACCCUGCUUCUUGUGAUCCCCAAGAAUUGAGAUUUGACAGAUAUAUGGGACAACUCCCUUUUACCAUUUGUCAAGCAAACCAGUCUUGCUGUGCAUCAUGUUUUUCUCAGAGAUUGACUUCUGUGAAGUACUGUAUUGCCCGGACACACCAUUUCUGUGAAAGAGAAUUGCAAUGCUUGUUUGUCUCCUCCUAUUCUUCCUGCAAGACUGAUGUCCAACUUGCAACUUCACCAUCUUGAAUGUUUCAGCAUUCAAACAGUCAAUUUCCUCUUACCAGGGGCCCAUAUUAAUUUGAGCACAAUUCCAAGAGACAAAAAAACAGUGUUAUUCAACCGGACAAAUAUUUGUCCUUGCAUUGUAACGCCACUAACUCUGAAUGUAACAGCACUGAUUCCCAAAUGCAACACCACUGACAUGUUAUUGGUAAAGAUUACAGAUAUUACUGAUUUAAUAGAGGGACAGUAUCCCAAUUAGAAAACAUCAGCACCUUUUUAAACUAACUCCGCAGCUAUUGAGUUAGUCUAUAGUAGAUUGUAUAGCACAGAAUGUCACUUUUAUAACCACAAUAAUGGAAUGUUUCUUGUAGAUAUGUAAAUUACAUCUAUCAGAAUAUUUGUAAUUUGGGGUACAAAUGUCUGUAACGCGAUCAAUCUCCCAGUGUAACAGGACAUACCAUUUGAAGAAUGACAAUGACCUCCUAGAUGGCAGUCUGAUCAUAGUUUCUUCCAAAAAUGUUAAACAUUUGUAAUGAGUAAGAGUUGCUAAAUGCAAAAUGGAAACUAUUGAGGCUGGUUUAUUGUUUGACGCUAAAGUGACAUCAGUGUGGCAUGUUUAGUGCCAUGUCAUCUAAUCUAAAAUGGGUCUUUGCAGAUUGUGAUUGUAUAGAUGGAGAGUCAGAACCAGCAUCUCACAAGCACAGCUAACAGCAUGGGUUGAUCUUUAAACAUGUGUGUGUUCUCCUCUAAGGAAUUAACUCAUACAGGAUGGCACAAUCCAUAAAACCAUUAAGCAAACAGACCAUAAACCAGCCUGUUGGAUAACUUGCACAGAAUUGUAUAAAAUGCUACAUUGUCCAUCUCAUUUUAGUAAAUGUGCUUUUACACAGAGACAUAACCAUUAAAGGUGAAAAUCGAAAUGAGAGGACAUGGCCUUUAUUUUUCGGUUUACUUUCCACUUACGAAAAAGUACGCUACAAAAUACUGCGUCCAAAAUAAUACCGUAUUUUUUUACUGCAGUACUAUUGCAGUGUAACUACAGUUAUUCUGCUAUUACUGCUACCAAAAUACCACAGUCGACUGCAGUUACUGCACUUUUAUUGCAGUUUCAAAACUGCAAUCUUUUUUUGUAAGAGUUUCACUGGUGCAUUACUUUCCUGACAGAUUAGGUAGAAGUUGCCCUAACCACUGACACAGCAUCUGAUAUUUUUUUAUGGCCCAAUGGAUAAAAUAGGGGGUAGGGUAAUCAGAUCCUACAAUUGCAGUUAAGGACAAUUUCUACCUCAAGCUUUCCCGACACAGGUGACGCCAGACACAGGCCUUGUGAGUGAGUUGUAUCAACACAAUAUGUGAACUUUGGUGCCAUCUACUGGCUAAUUGCAUGUUCAUCAAAAGGAAAGGAAAAUGGGUAGGUAUUCUUGUCUGAUACGUGUGUGCUCCAUCCAGUCUGACACAAGAGGCUAUGUGAUACAUUCAAUUAGAUUAUUUUUGGUGUUCUUAUAUUGGUGUUUGGACACAUUUUCAUACCAAAUGGUCUGAGGUCUAAGUCUCACUCUCUCACUUCUGGUUCCAGCCCAGGUUACAUUUACAGUAGAUUUCAGAAAUACCACUAUAAGGUAUGAGGCAUCCAUAAUGUGUCAUAGUUCAUUUGUACAAUUAUCAGCAAACUUAACACUGUACUUUGGUAAUAUGUUCCGGACCAAAAUAUAACUAUAUCUACACAGAGAUACAUGCAAAAUGUAUACCCGAUGGAAAACAUAAUGAGAGGUUAAUUCUAGGUAAUCAAUCGCAGAUAAAGACAGUACUACAAAUUCCCUAAUUAUUACAACACUGAAAUCAUCAUCAUAAUUGUAGGUGAUAGAAAUGGCUUACUCAUCCUCGCCAAAAGAGGGCGGAAUUACCCUGAGAGUUAAUAAUUACUUGACCUGGGGAAUAGUGGGGGAAUCGUUCAAGGUUACCGUGAUAUCUUCAGCGAACAUGACAAGGACUAUGGUCAAACUGAGUUAAUGGAGCAUUAUUCGGGCAGGAGAUAAAGCACCUUAUUCUGCAGCCUUACAGACCUUUACCAACCUUGCUUUUUCUCCUCUGUCUUCAACUAUUUUAUCAUCAUACUCAUAUUUUAACCACUUUGUUCUCUUUAUCCUCUUUGCUGCAUCUGCCCUCACUGCUUUCUACACACUAGGCUAUAAUUGUAUGAUAUUAUCAUUCUGUUAUUUGUACUACAGUACAACUUUAUUAUUUACUAUUAGUAUUACAACAUUAUUAGACAUACUGCAUAUGGUUAUCGGAGCUGGCAGGACUGGCCUCUUGCUGUGUUUCAGUUGCCUGUCUGGAGGACCCCUGUGCCAACGGCGGCACCUGCGUUGAGAUGGGCGGGAGCACCAAAUGCCUCUGUUUGCCCAGCUAUGGAGGUGACCUCUGUCAGACAGGUGAGCUCCUCAUUCGGCUGUUACAGUACUUCCAUAAUUGAGUGCUAUUAAGCAGUGUUAUAAUCCACCAGAUGGCAGAAUACUGUAGUAAUGCACCACCACAUUCAGUAAAAAUACUUUUGGAUUUGUAUGUGCUGAAGCAGAAGAAGUCAGGCUCCGAUGAGUGGAGCCACGUACCAGUCAUCUUCACAAUAAAGAAGUAAAAACAUAUAUGCGGCCAAAACAUAAACAAUUAAGUAACAGGUCCUUCAUUUUUUUGUUAUUUUGUGUUAUUAUAAGGUAAGACAGUUCUACUAGUCUAGUUUUGUAGUACUCGUCUAUUAAUAACUAGUCUAGUAGUACUGUUAAUAGCUCAAAAUCAAUAAAACAGAAAUCUUACACACUGUGGCUUUAAGAGCCUAUCAAACUCAAAGACCCACCUUGUUCAAAGAGGACAAAACCUUGCUUUUGGAACCAUUGUCCUCUUCAGUUCAGUCUGACGCAGCGUUUUCUUUGAGACCUGCUUGCUAUGCCACUGUGUCCCUGUCACACAGAUUUAGGGAUGAGAACAUAGAAAUCGAAAGCAGGUGAGAUGAGAAGUGUUCUUUAGAUGGAUGAACCUCAUGGAUCCAUAUGCUCAGUUAAUCAGGGAAACUGUCUUUGUGGGUUAGAAUCAUCUAGUUACAGAGUAAGGCAAGGAUUCAAUCAAAGGCCAUUUUCCUGACAUUCGUGGAGAUCAAAUUCAUGUCAACACUUUGAAGGUCGGCUCAAGCUUAAACAAUUUCCUUCAAAGGUCAAGUGCAUUGCAUUUGUCGACAAUGCAUGAUUGAAUCCCAGCCAAGGUCUUUAAGGUAGUUUCGUUCGGAUCACCUCAUAGUUUUUCAUCAAUACCAACCCUUCUCUCUCUUUCUUGUUGAAUGGUCAGAAAACCUCAACAAAUCUUACCUUUCCCUCUUUAUCAUUCAAAUUAAAUAAUUACAUCUAGUAAAUCCCUCCCUCCCUCCCUCCCUCCCUCCCAUUCUGUCUCUUAGAUCUGGAGCAGUGUGAGGUGGGCUGGCAGAAGUUCCAUGGGAACUGCUACAAGCACUUCAACCAGCGGCUGAGCUGGGAGGUGGCGGAGCAGCACUGUCGCAUGGUGGGGGGCCACCUGGCAUCAAUCAUGACCCCUGAGGAGCAGGACUUCAUUAACAGUACGCUGGGAGUAGUGACAGCGAGCCACCAAACUUCAUACUCCACCUUUUCUCUUUCAUUGAUAGGCUACUUUACUGCACAUUAAUACAUUGGAAAUACAGUAGCUAGCUCUCAAGGGUUUAUGUGUGCUAUUUAUUAGCAUAGGAAGGACAAAUGUCAUGCCAUUGACCCUAAUGUGCGUAAGUGCUACAUGCUAAUAGUAAUCUGGGUGAUUAAAGAGGUAGUUCACCAAAAUUACAAAAUAAGUUAUAAGCACACUUACCUUUAACCUGAGUGACAGACUGUGUACUCAGCCACUGUCACCAACUGCUGACAUUAGAAAAAAACAAUGGAAGUAAUGGGGGCAGCUUUAGCAUGUUCUACAUUAUGUGGCCAUAUUACCUCCAAGUAACUUCAAACCCAGUCAUUUGGCAAUACAAACCCUGGCAGAGUUGUUAAUAUUCGCAGUGGAAGCACAAAGACAAAGGUCUACUGUAUAACUUGUUAGAGAAGUGAUAGGCCUACUACUUGAAAAGCAAAUAAAAUGUCUUCUUCUAUUCGCAGAUAACUAUAAGGAGUAUCAGUGGACUGGAUUGAACGACAAGACCAUCGAGGGGGAUUUCCACUGGUCCGAUGGUAACCCAUUGGUGAGUCCAGACAGAUUGGUUUAACAUAGAAAAAGUACUGGGUCAAAACCUGUCCACAUGAUGACAUGCAGCUACAAAGACACAAGAACACAUGACACAAGACAUUAGCUCCCAUGCUUAUACACUACUACAGCUCUGUGUCUCUCACCUUGUCUUCACAGCUCUAUGAGAACUGGUACAGGGGCCAGCCUGACAGUUACUUCCUGUCUGGAGAGGACUGUGUGGUGAUGGUAUGGCAUGAUGCUGGGCGCUGGAGUGACGUGCCCUGCAACUACCACCUGGCCUACACCUGCAAGAAAGACACCUGUGAGUAAUGGAUAUUAUGUUACUACAAACAAGCACCGAUCUACCAGUUCCUUUACAUACUGUACCUGUAACUACCUCUGUGCAAUAUAUUAUAUUGAUGUAACUUAGGUAUAUAGAAGCAGUAGUAGAUGUUUAAUGCACACAUUCAAUACAGUCCCAAACUAUUGUAAUGCCCGAAACUUAGCUGUGUUGAAUGUGUACAUAGGACAAAUAAUCUUUCAACUUUUCAUUUAAUUUAUUUUUGAUUUAGAAGACAUUAUCACCUACAGUCUUUGUAACUCCUCCCACAGCUUCAUGUGGACCUCCCCCCAAAGUCCGGAACGCAUCUGCGUUUGGCAAAAUUCGCCAGAGGUACGAGACAGACGCGGUUGUGCGCUACUACUGUGCCCAGGGCUUCCAGCAGAGACAAAACCCUCUGGUCAAGUGCCUGCCAGGAGGCAAGUGGGAGGAGCCCCAGAUCCUCUGCAUCCCUGGUAUGAACAGUUCUAUGACCCGCCCACCUAUCGCUAAUUCAUGACCAUGUUCCAUUACAUUUCUAAUAUUGCUAAAUAUGACCCAAGAGCAGUUAUUGAGAUACAGUUAAUCUCUCGUGAUGGACUGUCAGCAAGAAUCUGCCUCACUAAUGAAGUACUGAAGAAUCAUCUUUUGAAGAAUUAAGGAGAUGCUUAAGAUUGGAGACCGAGAUUUCAAUCUAAACAUUAGUUGUUGUUCUGUAGUGGGGAGUUGCUGAAUCUGCUUUAGCUCUGGAGGAUAAGAUAUAUCAUUGGGUUCAAGGCGGGAUUCAAUCAAAGUCGCGUUGUCGACAAGCACACUGCACUUGACAUUUAAAGGUAGUUUACACUUGAGCCAACAUUCGCAGCGUUUACUGUGAAUGCAAUCUAAACGACUGUCAGGGAAUUGCCUGUAGAAGGCGCAAUGUCGACUGUGUUGUGCCCUUGUCGAAAUGUGCCUUUCAUUGAGUCCCAUCCUAAGUCAAGGCAAUGCCACAGCAGCAGGCAAAGACAACCCAGAACACUAGCAUCUAAAUCAGACGGUGUCCUCACUCUGGAGAUUAUGUGGGAGGAACAAGAUAGACGUAUGAAAGUGAUGUACGUAUGACAUUGCCUUUUUAUCCAACAGAUUUGUCAGAAGUCUUUAUUUUCAACUUUGUGCUGGGGGUUUCCUUUCAGGGGCAGGAAGCACAGCACAGACAGUAGGAGUAACAUCACCAACCACAGGAAGCCAGGAGCUGGCUGAAGAGGAAUCACAAACAACAAAGGAACCGCUUCAAUACCGGGACAUCAAGUGGAACAUUUAAAUUCCAUACCAUGUCCCAGUACACUUCAAGAGUUUCCUUUCCUCAUAGACCAGAGAUCUGAAAUGGCUGAACAGGUGAAGGCAAUAGGGUGAUCUUGAAGGAAAGGAGACAAGGAAAGAGUACUGGG